AUGAUUAGAAGAAUUUUAACAUAUUUAGUUGAACAUCAAAUAGAAUUUCCUUUACGUAUAAUAGGCGCUCUUAUUUUAGCUUAUACUUUAAAGAUACCAAUAGCAGAAAAAACUUUCAUUCUUCAACAUCAAAUUCCAAAGACUUGUUUAUAUGAAAAGGGUAUUGAUGAUAUAUAUUUUGUAGCAUUUUGGGUUUUACUUUUUACAUUAUUAAGGGCUUUAGUAAUGAAAUUUAUACUAAUACCAAUAUCAAUACGAGGCGGAAUCACUAAAAAAAAAAGAAUUAGGUUUGCAGAACAAGGAUGGUCUUUUUUAUAUUAUAUUACAUUUUGGACAUUGGGAAUGUACAUAAUGUAUCAAUCUCCUCAUUGGUUUGAUACAUCGCAUUUUUGGAAAGGUUAUCCACAUGUUAAGAUGUCAUAUAUAUUUAAAUGGUAUUAUUUGGUACAAUUUGCUUUUUGGGUUCAACAAAUAUUUGUUUUAAAUAUCGAAAAAAGAAGAAAAGAUUUUUCAGAAAUGCUUGCACAUCAUAUGAUUACAGUUUCUUUGAUGUUUUCUUCAUAUAUAUUCAAUUUUACAAGAAUUGGAAAUGCUGUAUUAUGUAUUAUGGAUUUUGCUGAUAUUUUAUUACCGCUUGCAAAAAUGUUAAAAUAUUUAAAAUAUAAUAAAAGUUGUGAUACAAUAUUUGGUUUUUUUAUGAUUUCUUGGUUAAUAACUCGUCACUAUUUUUAUGGAUAUGUUAUUUACAGUACAUGGGUUGAAUCUACACAAUAUUUAGAACUUAAAUGGUCACCAGAUGAAGAAUAUUUUUUUAAUAAAAAUACAAAAUCAAUGUUUUUAUUUUUUUUUAUAGCUUUACAAGCAAUAAUUAUAUUUUGGUUUUGUCUAAUUUUCAAUGUUGCACUAAGAGUAAUUUAUGGGAAUAAUGCAGAAGAUGAUAGAAGUGAUUCUGAGAAAAAAAGUUUAAUAAUAAAUCAUAAAUCUUCAAUUUUGGUAGCCAAAAAAAAAGGGGUAAAAAUUGUAGACGAGCUUACUUCUAAUACAACAUCUGCUUACAAUAAAGAUAUCUUUAAUGGAGGUGCUAAUCUUUUAGAUACUGAAAUCAAAAGUGGUCUUCUUAAUAUUGACAUUCAUAGUUCCAGAACAGGUAUGAUUGGACAAAUUCCAAACAUAAUAUCAUUACCUACCUUCAAAAACACGCAAUCAACACCAGCAUUAUCUGUUGCUAGUAGUACGAUGUCAAGUCCACCCUUAAGUCCUUUUUUUUCUCCGCUUUUUUCUCAAACUUCCUCUUCUCAAACUUCUCAAACUUCUUUUCCUCAAGCACUGCUUUCGUCAACGGCUGAAAGAAACAUUAGACGAUCAACCAGAAUUCCAAAACCAAGUAGAAAGUUCAAAGAGCAACAAGAAUUGCAACAAACUCAACAAAGUACACUAGGAAAACGUGAUUCGCCAGGUCCAGAAACAGUUUCAAAAAAAAGACAAAGGGAAGAAGAACCCACAACCAAGCAACAAAUGAAUUUACUAUUAGAAAAAUACAAAGACCGUAUUGCAAUUUUACCAGAAUUGGAGGAACCGAAUGACACAACUAGAAAUACGUCAAUAUCAACCAAAGAAGUAUUUAAGAAAUGGUCUUCAAUUGAAUAUAAAAUAUUUCUAUUACACUAUUUUAAACAUGGAAAAGAUCUUUCGAUAAUAUCAAAAAAAAUGAAAAAGAAAGUUUCUGAAGUAGUAGAAUUUUAUUAUUAUGUCAAAUAUAUGCCACACUUUAGAAAAGUAGUAGAGCUCAGAAAAGAGAUGAAACUGUAUGAAGAAGGUUUGGCAAAAUUGGAAAACGACAUCAAAAAUUUCAAUAAAAAAUGGAAAAUAGUCACGAAGAAAAAUGGUAAAAAAAGAAGAGGUUGUAAAAAAUAA